AUGCUAAUCGCCAGUCAAGUUCACCUAAUCCGGAAUCAGCACACUAGUUGUCGGCGAUUCUUCAUUAAACCGAGUUCUAUGUAAUCGGGGGUUCAAGAUUUGAUUUUUUUGAAAAAGUUUUGACUAAACAUGUAUCCAGUAUGUUCUUUUACCUGCUGUAUGUGACAGUACUAGUGCACGGAUUUGUAUUCUUGUGCGAUUUUGUUAUAUUGAGGAUCGUCUGUCACCGAAGGGUAUCCAGAUGAUCUCUCAGAUAUAACGAAGAGGAAGGAAAUAUCCUAUAAAUCUUCCAUUUCAUGUACCAAACGUGAGGCAUCUUCACAACCACUGAUACCAAAUCGGCUCCAAAAUGCUGCAGCUAACCUCAAAACUGCUUCGCUCUCUCACUCUAAUCCUCCUCGUCUCUGGCAUCCAAUUGGCUCUCUCACAAGAUGCCGAAACCACAACUGUGGAGACAUUCUCAACCGUGACACCAGAGAGCGAGGUGGCCGAGAUCCUCUUGGAGACACUCAACAGGACGUUCAAGAACAAUGACGAAUCCUCACCGGAUACCGAAAGUAGUGAAUCCGGAAGUAGUGGCUCGGAGACCGGAAGUAGUGCAUCGGAGACCGGAAGUAGUACCUCAGAGACAUCCCCGACCACAGCGAAACCGUCCAACAUCUUCAGAGUGCCCGGGAGGAAGUAUCCUGUCGCAGCAAGGGCGGAUGGUUCGCCUCAGUCCACCCCUGAGUUCCUGAGGAACGAUAUAGCGCUGAGAGGAUGGAUCUCUGAUGAGCUCGGUGAGGCGUUGUGGGCAUUUGCUCCCUCACCGAAGAAGAACAUGAGGUGCAGUCUCCAUAGCCAGCUAUACAGGAAGAGUCUACAGAACUACACUCUGUGGGCCAUGCAUAUGCUGGAGUCAUCAACACGUGUCGCGUCAGGUCUGACCUCCAGCAGCAUCUACCAGCUGGGCCACUUCGACGAAUGCAUCGACAUAGAGCUGAAGGGCGAGCAGCUGGAUGGAAAGUACUGCUUGGCCACCAUCCACUUUGCACCAGACGAGAAGCUCUACCCGGCCUACCAUCAACCUGACACCAGUCCCAAAUUCAAGGGUCUCGGGCCCUACGAUAACGCUUAUGAUGUGUUCAAGUCAAUGUUUGUUCUGCCAGUGCUGGAGUCAUCAACACGUGUCGCGUCAGGUCUGACCUCCAGCAGCAUCUACCAGCUGGGCCACUUCGACGAAUGCAUCGACAUAGAGCUGAAGGGCGAGCAGCUGGAUGGAAAGUACUGCUUGGCCACCAUCCACUUUGCACCAGACGAGAAGCUCUACCCGGCCUACCAUCAACCUGACACCAGUCCCAAAUUCAAGGGUCUCGGGCCCUACGAUAACGCUUAUGAUGUGUUCAAGCCGUCACCCGAUCUCUCCCGCAGACGACGUGACAAGGUGUUCUGGUCAGUGUGUGUACCCUCCUCGUGUACAGCCGCCGAUGUGUUGGAGUCUAUGAAUGCCCUCGUCAAGGACAACCUGGCCCAGCAUGGACUCCAGGUCAACAUAUCGCUUCCCAACGAAAUGUGCUACGCUAGACGCGAGGAUCCUCCGUUCAGUCUCGGCUUUUUCAUUGUGCUAGCUGUACUGGGUGUACUAUUCCUAAUUGUUGUUCAUGCAACCUGGAUGGAUAUGUUCUACUACCAGAGUGGAAGAGAGCAUUCGAAGAAAUGGAGGAAAUUCCUGAAGCCGUUUUCCGCCUACACAAACAUGACAAAGUUGAUAACAGCCAAUCCGGAUCGAGAGUUUUCCGAGUUCCAUUACUGCAAACUGUUUGCGAUGGCCUGUGUCAUUUCCGGACAUCGACAGAUGUUUCUGCAUGGACCCACCCCUAGUGAGAACCCCGGCUGGCUAGAAUGGACCUACUCCUACUUCUUAGUGGCGUUCUCAGUGAACGGUGGGGUUCUCGUCGAUGUGUUCUUCUUCCUGAGUGGCUUCCUAACCUGCCACUACAUCUACAUGGAACUGGAGAAGCGGAAACGACUGAAUCUAGUCGCCAUAAUCAUCAACCGCUGGAUCAGGAUUGUGCCAGUCUACAUGUUCGUGAUAGCAGUGUAUGCGUGGGUGUUGCCCUACACGGGAGAUGGUCCUCUAUGGAAAGCACGAAUUGGAGUCGAAUCUGAGAGAUGUGUCAACAACUGGUGGGUGAACCUGUUGUUCAUCAACAACUAUAUCAACCCCGAACAACAGUGUAUGGUGCAAGCGUGGUACCUGGCAUGUGACAUGCACUUCUUCAUAGUUGGCUCCCUGAUCGUGUACGCGGCGUGGAAGUGGAAGGGGGCCGGCAACCUCAUCAUGUGGGGAUCCCUAGCUAUUGCCUGCAUCAUACCCGGCUACGUCACCUACAAAAAUAACUACUGGGGAGUUAUUCUUCAUUAUAACAGUUUGUUCGUGGACCCUGUGAAGACAGAGCACUUCAUUUCAAUGUACAUGCCCAGUCAUACGAGGUUCGGCCCAUAUGUAGUGGGAAUGAUUGGCGCCUACACUAUGACCAAACUCAAGGAGAAGGAGUACAAGUUCUCCCUCCCAGUGAUAAUAAUCGGCUCUAUGAUUGGCGCAUUCCUAUCAGCUGGUACCCUGGUGUCGGGCUACCUGUUCUACAUCAGAGACCGGCCCUAUGAUCUGUGGGAAAACGUGUUGUAUGGAGCUCUCCACAGAUCCGUCUGGUCGGCCGGCAUUGUCUGGUUCUUUGUCGUCGAAAUAUCUCCGGAUAUGCACCCGUUCCUGACGGCGUUUGGACGUCUCACCUACUGUGCCUACCUGGUGCACGUUCUACCUCAACUCAUUCAGACCUCCACAACACGACUGCCAGAAUAUGUUGACAUGAAGAGAAUGGUAUGGUACUCGAUGGGUGACUUCACAUACGCCUACAUCUUUGCACUAUUCUUGAACCUGUUGUUUGAGGCACCUCUUGAGAGAGUGCAGAAGAAAGUGCUCAAGAGGAUGGUCAGAAAUGCUGAUGCCAAACUUCCCAAGAAAGGAGAAGUCAACAUGAAUGGCAAUGAAUUGACUGAAGUAAAGGAGACCACUGGGAUUGAUAACCACGCUAUGGAUAAAACUGAUAUCACCAAUUGAGUGAAUCAUUCAUGGUUUAUCAAUUCAACGAUUCAAUCGUGCUUUAAUCGGAGUGAAUCAUUCAUUAUUCAUCAAUUCAACGAUGCAAUCGUUUUGAAUUGAUUACAUUGAAUCAAUUAAUGAUUUGAUUAUAAUCAAUUAUUAAAAGAUUGAACUAAGAGAAACUUUAGUUCCACCUCACUGUAUGAACCCAGGAAUAUAAUUAUUUUUUUAUCAAAAGAAACUUUAGUUCCACCUCGCUGUAUGAACCCAGUAAUAUAAUUAUUUUUUUAUCAAAAUAAUUAAUAUUAUGGGAUAUAAAAACUGUGCAAUACGUUUACAGUGAUAUUAUUAAAAGUGAGAGUUGUUGUGAAUCAGAAUAUUUCUUGAUAAAGUGUGUAAAUAAAUUACCGUCGAAAAUAAAUGAGAGACACUAGAACAACUGACAUUGGUGCUCAAAACGUUGUAAAAAUGAAAAUGUGUUGUAAAUAAAGAGAAAGUUGUAUGUAGAAUUAAUUUUUAAAAUUAAUUGGAAGAAAUUAGGCUAGGUAUUACAGAGAAGGGGAAUAAUUAAAAAGAAUUCAAGUGACCUAGAAUUGGAUUUCAAUAUGUAUUCGAAUACAUUGAAUUUCAAAUUAUUAAUAAUAUUUUAAUAUUAAAAAUUUUACUUUCAGAAAGGGGGGAAAUGAUAUAGAAUUCAAGUUACCUUGGAGCUUGAAUUAAAUUUCAAUAUUUAUUUGAAUUAAUUUUAAUUUAAUUCUAUCCUCGAUUGGAAUAAUACAGUAAAUAAUACUUUUUGAAAGGUUACUUGAACUUUCAAUGUUUAUGUACAUACAGAAGUCGCCCUAAACAAGAAAGUGAAUAAAUAAUACACUAUAAUUUAGGUAGUGUAGUGUAGGCCUAUACAAUUUAAGCCUUUCAAUAUUGUACUAAUAAAAAUUGAGAUGAUAUGCUAAAUCAACGAUGACAUGAACUUGAAUUCAAUAUUUAUAUCAUCUUUCUAUGAUCAAUAUUGUAUAAAAUAAUAUAUAAUUAUCAUGGCAUUGCUCAAAAUCAAUUCUAAGUUUUUUAUAAAUGUAUUAUUAUAGAUAGGUUCAUCUAUCUCGUACUAAUAGAAAUAGAUAAUAUAAUAAUGUUCAAUUAACGACCUGAACAAACCAAUUUAUAUCAUCUUUCUAUGAUCAAAUGUAAGCUAAUAAUAAAAUAGUUAAUAUUAUGAGAUUGCUCAAAAUUAAUUCCAAGUUAUUUUAUCAAUUCCAGGCCUACUUGGUAUAAGAUGGUACAGACACAAGAAAAACCUUGACACCCAUGAGGACGUUAGAACUCAGAGUUUUUCUCUGUGACUGUACCAUAAACUAUUGUAAAGUGUUCCCAAUAUUUAAUGUUGUUGUUAAUAAUAUUAUUCUAGAAAGUAAAUAUUAUUAUUCAUGUAAACGGAAGUUUCUAUAUGUAUUUCUAUAUCUCUAUCUGUAUUUAUUCUAAGUAUAAAUGUGAAAAAUAUUCUGGAAAGUAAUUUUGCAUUCCACUAGCCUAUCAUUUCACUGACCUCAGUGGUUUCCUUAUAAGUUUUCUCUAUUUUGUUUAUACUUUCAUAUUUGAUUUGAAUUCAAAUGUAGUAGAAUAAAUGUUCCUAGAAAGCUCUA